UCUCACCCCCCUUCGCUCUCUCUCUCCAACACUCUUCGGAUAAGGAUAUAAAGCCCUCGCCUCUCUCUCUCUCUCUCUCUCUCUCUCCUAUCCACCAUUCCUCUCUCCACUAGAAGAAGAAGAGGAAGAGGGAGCCAAGUGGAUGGUGGUGUCACUGUUUCCUACCUCCUCGCCCCGCGAAGGUUUCUAGGAGAGUUUGCAUUGUCCACUGCUAGUUGCGGGUGCACUUCUGGUUGCAUCAAAUAUGAUGCCUGUAAUUCAUUGUUCUGUCGGCAAUAUCAGUCUACUUCACCGAAGCAGUUACAUCUCAAGGAAAGAAGGCCAACUAAAAAAAUGCAGUGUUUUUGCGAAGCACCCAAGGCUACGAUCAUCAUCCCAAAGGUUUCUAUUUCCACAAUCAUCAUUAAACUUGAUCCCAAUGUACAACAGAAGCUGGAGCUCAAAGCAUUUGCUGAGAAGCCAAAUCAUAACUGCUGUUGGGACCGACGUUUCUGUCGAGGAGCCAAAUCCUUCUGUUUCGAGUGAAACUUCUGAUGCAAACUCAGAAACUGCAACUAGUUCCAGUGAAGCAAGUGAACCGACUCCAACUAAUCCUCCUGUUACUUCUAAUAAAGGCAAACGUCCAAGGCCUGCUAGAAAGAGUGAGAUGCCACCUGUCAAAGAUGAGGAAUUAAUACCCGGUGCUUAUUUUACUGGAAAAGUAAGAUCGAUUCAGCCAUUCGGUCUUUUUGUUGAUUUUGGAGCCUUUAGUGACGGCCUUGUUCAUGUCUCGAGAGUGAGCGACGGGUAUGUCAAGGAUGUCUCUGCUCUUUUCUCUGUGGGACAAGAGGUUAAAGUGCGAAUUGUCGAAGCAAAUAAGGAAAGUGGGCGAAUUUCCCUCACGAUGCGUGAAAAUGAUGAUGGCAAUAAGAAAAAAGAAGCUCCCGCUGCUGGUGAGAAGACGAGACCGGCAAGAAAAAACAGUUUGAGGCCCAAUGCUAAAAAGGGGGAGGCUCAAAAGAGCUCUAAGUUUGUCAAAGGACAAGCUUUGAGUGGCGCGGUGAAAAAUUUAACUAGGUCGGGGGCUUUUGUGUCGCUUCCUGAUGGUGAGGAAGGGUUUCUUCCGGUUUCUGAGGAAUCCGAGGGGUUUGGUGGAAUUUUGGGGAACUCUUCCUUGCAAGUCGGUCAGGAAGUUAAUGUAAGAGUAUUAAGAAUAGCUAGAGGGCAGGUGACUUUGACGAUGAAGCAAGAAGAAGAUGUUGAAGGGUUAAAUAGAAAACUUAAUCAAGGGGUGGUUCACAUGGCGACUAACCCCUUUGAGUUGGCUUUUAGGAGGAACAAGGAGAUCUCUGCAUUUUUAGAUGAACGAGAAGAAGCACAGAAAACCAAUGAAAAGGUGAAUGUUUCGGAAAUUUCUGAAAAUAUCGAAGAAAAUGUGGAAACCCUAGUGACCAACAUGGGAACUGAUGAUGAAGUUGAGGAGAAAGAAGUGGAUGAUGAAUUGGACCAAGACCAAACUUCUGCGACAGGUUUAUUAUCCACAGAUUUGGUUAGCAAAGAGGAAGAAAUUGAGAACUCUUCACCACAAAUUUCUGAUUCCGUCCUUAAAGAAGCAGCAGAAGGUGAGAACAGCUCUAAAACAUCGAUUGAGUCCACUUCAGAAUCAGUAUCAGAUGAAAUAUCCCUACCAGAGGAAGUGAAGGAUCCUAGCACUGUAACCAAUGUAGUAGAGGCGGCAAUUGCAAGUUCUAACUCUUUGGUUUCAGAGAAAGAGGAAUCUUCUGAAAAUGAAACCUCAGAGAGCACUGGUCAAGAUUUGAUUUCGGAAACUGUUGAUAAAACCAUCGAGCCUGAAGUAUCUUCUUCAGUACAAGAUGAUGAGGAAGUCACUGAAGCUGAUCUCAAAUUUCAGACUGCCGCUAAAGAUGAUGAGAGCUCUACAAGUUCAAGAGCUGACGAAAGUAAAGAACUUUCAGAUUCUAUGGAAGAAAAAGCUUCUUACGGGGGAAACGAUACCGAUAACAAUAUUGAGUCAUCUGGAGAAACAGGUGGUGAGAAUUUGUCGCCAAAAGAUGUGUUACCUGAGGAUACUGCUGCUAACCAAGAAGAUGAUGAUAUAAUAGAUGGUAAGGAAACAGAAAAACCUGUGGUGAUUGUGAAUGAAGUAAAAGAUGAAAAAUCGGAAACUUCUGAAAUCUCAGAAAUGCAAAAUGAUGCUGCUGAUCAAGGAAGCACUAUCAAAGUUGAAGCUAAAAAUACAACGACAAUUUCCCCUGCUCUUGUAAAACAAUUACGUGAAGAAACUGGAGCGGGUAUGAUGGAUUGCAAGAAAGCUCUUGCAGAAACUGAUGGUGACAUUGUUAAAGCCCAAGAAUACCUCCGCAAAAAAGGGCUGGCAAGUGCCGACAAAAAGGCAAGCAGAGUCACUGCUGAGGGACGGAUUGGAUCUUAUGUCCAUGACGGCCGAAUUGGAAUUCUUAUCGAAGUCAACUGUGAAACCGAUUUCGUCUCCCGUGGUGAGAUCUUUAAGCAGUUGGUCGACGAUCUCGCCAUGCAGGUAGCUGCUUGUCCUCAAGUGCGCUAUUUGGCUACUGUGGAUGUCCCGGAGGAAAUUGUGAGCAAGGAGAAGGAAAUAGAGAUGCAGAAGGAGGACCUUUUAUCAAAACCCGAGCAGAUUAGGGCAAAAAUCGUUGAAGGAAGAAUAAAGAAGAGGCUUGAAGAAUUUGCAUUACUUGAGCAACCAUAUAUUAAGAAUGAUAAAGUGGUGGUUAAGGAUAUGGUGAAGCAAACUAUUGCCACAAUUGGGGAAAACAUAAAGGUUAAGAGGUUUGUAAGGUACAAUUUAGGGGAGGGUUUGGAGAAGAAAAGCCAGGACUUUGCUGCGGAAGUGGCUGCACAAACUGCUGCAAAGGCUUCUCCUUCAGUACCAAAGGAUAAUUCUGCUGAAGCAAAGCCGCCUGCUACGGCAGUAUCAGCAGCCUUAGUGAAACAACUGAGGGAGGAAACCGGUGCCGGCAUGAUGGACUGCAAGAAAGCCCUAACUGAAACAGGGGGCGACCUCGUAAAGGCCCAAGAAUACCUCCGAAAGAAAGGACUAUCCUCCGCAGACAAGAAAUCCUCCCGACUUGCCGCGGAGGGACUCAUCUCUGCUUACAUCCAUGACUCUCGCAUUGGCUGCCUCAUUGAAGUCAACUGUGAGACUGACUUUGUGGGUCAGAAUGAGAAAUUCAAAGAAUUGGUUGACGACCUUGCAAUGCAAGUCGUGGCUUGCCCUCAGGUUGAAUUUGUGUCAAUCGAGGAUAUCUCUAAGGAUAUCGUGGACAAGGAGAGAGAGAUCGAGAUGCAAAGAGAGGAUAUUCAAUCGAAACCUGAGAAUAUAAGAGAGAAGAUAGUGGAAGGGAGGAUAUCGAAGAGGCUGGGAGAGCUCGCACUGUUGGAGCAACCUUUUAUUAAGGAUGACGGGGUUUUGGUGAAGGAUCUCGUGAAGCAGACAGUCGCAGCGCUUGGAGAGAAUAUCAAGGUUCGGAGGUUCGUGAGAUUUACUCUUGGUGAGAGUGAAGAAUGAAACCCUGAGAGAUGUAAUUAGUGUACCUCAGGUUUUUUAUGUAUCAAUUGUUUCUCUGAGAGGAUUUUGCGGCCCGCAAAGCAUAAAAUUGUUGGCUAAGUAGUACGUCAUUUAUUGUCUACUCUGAUCAUUGCAAUAACACUUUUCUCAUCAGAAGCAAUGAAUCAAGAUAUUAGGGUAAAUAAACCUAUAUUUAUCUGCAGUUUUGCCGUUUAUGUGUAUUUGCUGUAGGUAACCGAAAAAAGUGGAAAUGAUUGCAACA